AUGUACAUGAUAAUAAAACUUUACUAUUGUAAAGAGGAAGGGAAAGGUAAGUUGGUACUUAAUUUUUUAAUAUUUUGAAUUUUUAAAUUAAAAAAUUUUUUUUACAUUUUUUUUAUCUUAAUGUUUUAGUAUGACAAAUUGUAGCAUUAUGUUUUUUUAAAUUUAAAUUUUUUUUUCAAAUAUUUAAAUUGAAAAUUAAAAUUUUUUCAAAUUUUUUAAAAGUUUAAAAUCAGGCGAAAGAGUUGUAAACAUUCCCUACGAGUACACGUUCAAGCCUCACCGAGCUGCCAAACAUUUGAAAUGCUCAAAACUAAUCCGUAAUUCAACUUACUACACUCCAGUUGUCAUUGAGGACAGUAACACUUUAGAUAUAAGUUGUAAAGACAUUCGGAAACGAGGCAAUUUUGUGAACAAAACUUAUGAAGAUGAAGCUGACUUUCCGUUGGCGUUUGUUAGAGCUGUCUUCAGGGUAAGGUUUUUGAAAGUUGAGUAAUUAUGGUCAGGACGGCCAGUAGUAGAUGAGUGAUAUAAAAAAAAUAAAAAAAAUAAUUUAGCCAAACAAAGUUUAAUUGAAAAAAAAACUUUUUAAUUCUAAACUUUCAGGACUAUGAAUACCUAGAAGCAGAUCUAUCGACUCAUUACAAUCCCAACAAUGUCUACUGUUACGUUAUGGAUUCAAAAGCUGAUGCCAAGUUCAAAGCCAGAUUACGAGCUCUGUCUACAUGUUUUCCCAAUGUUAUUGUAGCUGAUAAAGAGUUUAAAAUGAGUUCAAAGGGGAGAAAUGUGAAUCCAGCUCAAUAUCACUGUUUGGAGAGGCUUUUGGAUCGGAACUGGAAAUAUGUCAUGUUGCUUGAGGUGAGAUAACAUUACGGAUUAAAAACUUUGUUUUUGGCGUAAAGUACACUAAUAUGCAAUUUUUAGGUAUAGACGUAAGAAUAAAUUCACGUAUGAUAUAAACUUAGGUAUUGAAAUAAGGGUACAAGUACGAUUCUAAUAAUAUAUAAACCAUAUUUUUAGAAUCAUGACAUUUUGACAAAAACCAAUGCUGAAUUGGUGCAAAUCUUUCGAGUUUACAAUGGAACAAACGAUGUCAAAGCCAUUAAUAUGAAUACUUUAAAGAGAGAUAGAGAUCGAGUUGCAUUUUUGUACAGAAAUAACUAUCAUCUAGACAAGUUAAAUAUAUUCAAAAAUAGUAAGUUUUUUGCAUUUUAAAAUGUUAACAUUGACAUUGCUAUGCUGAUUUUUGACUAAAAGGGUAGAUGAUUGAAAUGGGUUGGCUUGAGUACAGCUAAAAUCGGCAGUGAUACCCAUAAGUAGGGCUAAAAUUAGCUGGGGUAUGUUUGGACAAAGCUAAAAUAGGCAGUAGUAGGGUUAAGUAAAGUUAAAAUUGGCAUGGUUUAGCUUGGGAAGGACUAGAAUGAGCAGGGUUAUGUUAAGAUCAAGCUAAAAUAAGUAGUGGUUGGCGUGGAUAGAGUUAAAAUAGGCAAAAGUAGGGUUGAGCGGGGCUAACAGUAGCACAUUUUGGCUUGGGAAGGGCUAAAACGAGCAGGGGUUAGACAGCUAGGAUUAAAAUUAACAACAACAUGCUUGAGUAAUACUAUAAAGACAAGGUAAUAAAGUCAUGACUAGUGCCUUACCUAGAAUACUAUAAUUUUUAAAAAUUUGGAACGGAUUUUAAUUUCAUUUGAAGGUUCUCUAAACGAUCCAGAUCAGCGUUUAACUAUAGUCAAAGGCGUAACACAAGCUGCCUUAACAUACGAAUCUGUACACUACAUUUUCAACGUAGGUUAUGUUGUUUUACAUUGGAUUUAGUAUUUAUUCGUUUGUUAAAAUACUCUUGUGCCUUUUUUCAAAGCAGUGUGACACCGAGGUUAACAGGUCCGGAACACGUUCUUAAGUGUGAUACUGUAGGGGUUUGACUGUAGUAGAACUUUUAUUGUACAUUUGUCUGUAUAAUGUUGAGCAUAGCUUUGAUUAUGGCUAAAAGUGGCUAUUGGUCCUAAAAAAAUCAAGAUUAAAGUGAUUGUUUUAAAAGUAUUUUAAUUGUAUUAUAUAAAUUUAGGUGUUGAACAUAAGUUUUAUCGUUUUAGGAGCUGAACAUAACAAAGCUGAUGAAAAUUUUGAACAAAGACUACUACGAACAUGAGCAACUUACCAGCACGUUGAAUGCAAAUGAAGUGUUAAAAGUGCCUGGAGGUUUCACGACAAAGUUUCUGUAUAAAUUGAAUUAUUCUCAUAUGACAAGGUGGGUUUCUUAUUAAAGAUUAAUAACCUUGCUUUUUAGUUAUGUUUUGUGGCAGGCGGAUGAGUUUUGGCUGGAAGAGGGGGGAGGACAAAAAUUUUUUUUAAUAAUGGUUCUACCGCUUGAUUAUGGCUAUCACGUAACAUUUCUGGGCUUAUUAUAAGUUCAUUUACAGAAUACUGAUCUUAUGUAUCUUACCUUUUUUUAGAUAUACCCACUGGGGCAGUCAAAACUGUAAUUCAAAGCACAUCCGGAACAAUGUUUGUGUCUACAAGAUGCCCGACCUCCGCGAUCGUCUGAUGACUAUGCCAGAGUUUAUCUACAACAAGAUGAUGCCUUCGGUUGACUUUGGAGCCAUCAAUUGUUGGCAUGAAUACAUGUUUAAUAGAACUCAUAUUCAUAGAAAUACGACAGUGAACGAGGAGUUGUAUCGCAACUUACCUCCAGUUCAGUGGCAUAACGGGAGGAACGUUGUCAUUUCGAAGUAG